ACCAUCGCUGAAAAGCUCCGUUAUAUGAAGCAUCCAAAAGAAAAGCGCCAAAUCAGCGAAUUCCGCAGUUCGUUCAAUAAAUAAUCUGGAUAUUUUGAGAAAAUGGAGGAAAACUUCCAGCCCUUCACCACCCAGUUGCUCAAGAAUCCCUUGUCCUUUUCCGAUCUCGUGGAAAAAGGCGCUGAAUUCGAGUUGGACAUGUCGCAGAAAAACAAUACCAGGGAUCUGGGUCUCGACAGCGAAAGUGACUACGAAGAUGCGGAGGAUGUGGACAACGAGGAGCUGCGUUCCCCGUGGAACCAUUCCUUCGACGAACUGCGUGCCCUGAUGAGCGAGAUCGACGAACACAUUUACAAGCGGAUCACUCGCACCGGUCACGUGGAUCGGGAUGCUGUGCCGAUCAAGGCGAGGGUCUCUGUUCGCUACAGUGGCUACUGGGAGGGCGAGUCCGCUCCCUUUGACUCCUCCUUGCUGCGGGGCACCAAAUUCGAGUUUGAAACUGGCCAGGGAACGGUGGUUGAAGGCCUGGAGGCUGCCGUGCGCACCAUGCGUCCUUACGAGCAGGCCGAGUUCAUUAUCUCCUACAAGCUGCUCUUCGGAGAACUCGGUUGUCCGCCAAGGAUCAAGCCCAAGGCGGAUGCGCUCUUCAAGGUGGAGGUUAUUGACUACUCGCUCAUAGGAGAUGCUGAGGGCAUCGAUGCUAUCCCCAAGGAAGACCGCGACAAGUUCUGUGUGGUCUAUCCCAAGGCACAGGACUUGCACUUACAUGGCAAGGACUGCGUGAAGCGCGGGCGUUAUCGCGAUGCGGCCACUGCCUUUGAACGGGCGGUGAGCUCCCUGAACUACUGCCGAAUGGCCAAUGAUGAGGAGGAGCACAAGCAAACUGAACUGCUUAUUACCCUAAACACAAACCUAAUGAUCGUUUACAACAAGCUGAAUAAGCCGAAGCGCGCUUGCAUCAUGAUGAAGGCCCUGCGGCACCUGACAGUGGAGAAUCCAUCCUGCAAGGCGCUCUACCAGGAGGGACGCGCUCUGGCCGCCCUGGGCGAGUACGACGUGGCCCGCAAGGCCUUCCUGCAGGCGCAGUCCAAGCAGCCGGAGAACAAGGAGAUCAGCGAUGAGAUCAUCAGCAUGAACAAGAGAAUUAGCAAGUAUAAGGAGGCCACUCGCGAUCUAUGGACACGUGCCUUGUCGGUAAAUAAUUCAAAGCCAGAAGUCCGUAAAACGGCCGCUCAGCUGGAGAAAGAAGCAAAGGAACAGGAUUUCAAAGACAGCAUGGAAGAUGUGAUUAGGCAGUUCAAGAACGGUUCAGAUCAGAAAGUGACCUUUUCCCGUAAAUCCUUUUCGGACGCUCAGUUCGACACCACUUGCAAAUUGGUCAAGGAAUAUAACCUAAAGCUAACUUUGUCUCCCGUACAAGAGGAUGUACUGACUUUAUCUAAGUCGGAGGUCAAGUCCGCUUAAGCUUACUGAGAGCCCCAGUAUUCCGUAUUUCAUAACUCAUUCCAAAAAAAGAAACAAAAUGUACCAAAUAUGAAGGUAAUUUAGUUCCCAGUUCUAGAAGAGCAGUGCUUUUAGUUAAUUCGAUAUUAGCAACAGGGAUAUCUUAUGACCCGACGAAUGUUAAAGGUACUCUGAAUACGAAUCGAAACAAGCUAAAGAUUUUAUAAGCUAGAAUAAAAGUAAUGUACGGCAGCUACUAA